ACUGCCCCGAAGGCACCUUUGGUGUGACAUGUGAGUUUAACUGUUCUGAGACCUGUCUAAAUGGACAGUGCCACCACUUCACGGGCAACUGUCUGCACUGUGCGGGCAACUUGACGGGAAGCAGGUGUGAAGCGUGCCAGAGAGGACAUUAUGGAGAAAGAUGUUCCGAAAACUGUUCGUCUCUGUGUGACAAUUUUGAUUGCGAGAAGUCUUUUGGUCAUUGCAUCAAGUGUAACGAUCCUCGUUCUGGGCCAUUCUGUGAUGUGUGUCCAGAAGGUUUAUAUGGGCUCGGCUGCUCCGAGGAAUGCAACCCUUUGUGUGACAUCGGUUUUUGCCAUCAUCUAACUGGAGAAUGCACGAAGUGUUUGGGCAACUUUACAGGGUCUCUGUGUGAAGAUUGUACAACGGCCACGUAUGGACCAAACUGUACGCUUUCUUGUCCAGACUUUUGCCUGGAUCACGAGUGCGACCUCAUCUCCGGCAACUGUUCUCUGUGCCAGGGGCAGCGGACUGGGGAAAGGUGUGACGAGUGUCCUCAGGGCACCUAUGGAGAUGCUAACUGCUCUCACAGCUGCUCCGAAUUCUGUCUUGGCCAGCAGUGUCGUACUGAUGGAUCUUGUUUCGAGUGCAAGGGUCACCAUCUGGGCUUAAAGUGUGAUAGAAGUUAUGGGCCCGACUGCUUGAGUCAGUGCCCGGAAUUCUGCACUGGGAAGAUCUGCAACAGCUCUUCUGGCGACUGUCUCGAGUGCAGCGAAGGACGCCUCGGCUCCAAAUGUCAAGCGUGCCCAAUCAACCAAUAUGGACCGAAUUGCUCACUCACCUGUCCAUACACCUGUUUCAAUGCCGAAUGUGACAUAAAUACCGGAGCCUGUUCCAGGUGUAUCGAGGGAUUCGCGGGCACCAUGUGUAGCGAAGCCGAAAAAGAGACUGAUGAAUUUUGGUUUUUGCUGCUGCUUCUGGCCAUUCCAAUUAGCUUGGUUUCCGUGUACUGUGUCAAGAAACGAAACAAUUCUGCACCCACAGAGGAAGAGAACUUAGAGUCGGAACAGGGCAAUAGAUUCAACAGGCGAAACCCGAAACGCUUGCACAAAAGUGAUAAAACUUCGUGUAUGAGGUUUUAG